AAACUCCACUUGUUGCCUUGUUGGUGGCUAGGCGCACUGCUGAGCGUUCUCCCCGAUUCAUCGGCUCCGCCUCCCCCCAAACGCCAUCCAACCGAUCCACGGCGAUCUACGGCCCCCUGACCGCCCGAGCCCCUAACUCACGCAUCCACCCACCAUCAUCGCCGCCCGCCGCCACGCCCCCAAACCCUAGACCCUCUCGGGCGCGGCCCCACCCUACACCGGCGCCGCCACUCGCCGUCCUCGCCGACGGGCACCUCCCCCCACACGCACUAGGCCAGCUAAAGUCUCGGCGGCCAACGGCGGCGAUGAGCGCGGACGAACACCCGUCCCCGGGUCGGAAGCGCGACCGCGAGGAGGAGGAGGAGAUCGCCGACGGGGGCGCCGCGGAGAAGCGGUCACGCCCGGAGGGGUCGGAGGGCGCGUCGCUGCUGGGGCUGGCCACCUACGAGGAUGAUGAGGAGGAGGAAGCGGCUAGGGGCCACGCGAAUGGCUGCCGCGAGGAGGUGGUGGAGGACGAGGAUGAUGAUGAGGAGGACGACGUGAGGAGGGCUCCGGAGAGGAGGCCGAGGCAAGUGGAGCUGCGCCGGGACUGCCCUUACCUCGACACCGUGAACCGACAGGUCCUUGAUUUUGAUUUUGAAAAGUUCUGCUCAAUCUCCUUGUCAAAUUUGAAUGUGUAUGCGUGCUUGGUCUGUGGAAAGUAUUUCCAAGGAAGAGGCUUGAAAUCUCAUGCAUAUACGCACAGUCUUGAAGCAGGCCAUCAUGUGUUCAUUAACCUUCAAACUGAGAAGGCUUACUGUCUUCCUGAUGGAUAUGAGAUAAAUGAUCCUUCAUUAGAAGAUAUUCGACAUGUUCUCAAUCCAAGGUUUACGAAAGAGCAGGUUCUAAAUCUUGACAAGAACAAGCAGUGGUCUAGAGCACUUGAUGGCUCCAAUUAUCUACCUGGAAUGGUUGGUCUUAACAAUAUUAAGGAGACUGAUUUUGUGAAUGUCACAAUACAGUCAUUAAUGAGAGUUACUCCUUUGAGAAAUUUCUUUCUCAUCCCUGAAAAUUAUCAGCAUAGCAAAUCGUCAUUGGUUCAUCGUUUUGGGGAACUAACACGCAAGAUAUGGCAUGCUAGGAACUUCAAAGGCCAGGUUAGUCCACAUGAGUUUCUGCAAGCAGUUAUGAAGGCCAGCAACAAGCGGUUCCAGAUUGGUGUACAUGAUCCAGUGGAAUUUAUAUCAUGGCUCUUGAACACACUGCAUGCGAAACUAAAAAGCUCAAAGAGGAAAAACAGAAGCAUAAUACAUGAUUGCUUUCAGGGAGAACUUGAAGUUAUCAAGGAGAUGCAUAGGAAGCAUAGAAUGGAAAAGAAUGAAGGUGCUGAUGAGCAGAAUGAUGUGGCAGGUUCAGAGAUUGGAACAACAAUUGAUGGUACUGUCACUGAAACAUCUAGGGUCCCAUUCCUGAUGCUCGGUCUUGACUUGCCACCUCCACCUCUUUUCAAAGACGCCAUGGAGAAAAAUAUCAUUCCACAGGUGCCACUGUUUAAUAUACUGAAGAAGUUUGAUGGUGAGACCGUGACAGAGGUUGUACGUCCAUCUAUUGCUCGGAUGAGGUACCGAGUCACUAGACUGCCAAAGUAUCUGAUCCUUCAUAUGCGGCGAUUUACCAAAAAUAACUUCUUUGUUGAGAAAAACCCUACUCUAGUAAAUUUUCCUGUGAAGAACUUGGAAUUGAAGGAUUACAUUCCAUUACCUAAGCCAAAAGAGAAUGAUAAGCUACGUUCAAAGUACGACCUCAUAGCAAACAUUGUCCAUGAUGGCAAACCAGGCGAAGGAUGCUACAGAGUAUUUGUACAGCGGAAAUCAGAAGAGGCAUGGUAUGAGAUGCAGGAUCUACAUGUCACUGAGACUCUUCCUCAAAUGGUAGCUCUUUCAGAAACCUACAUGCAAAUAUAUGAGCGGCACGAAUGAACAAUGGACAGUGAUCAUGAUGUAGCCUUCCAUAGCCAGUCUUUUUGCUUAACAGAGAUCCUAGUAUUACCAUGUAGUCCUUAUUUUCGAAAUAAUUUUGUGGGGCAAAAACUUGGUAGUUCCUUUACUCAAGUUCAGAAGUAGUUCCUUGGGAAACACAGCUUGAGGAAUUGUACUGAUGCUACAGUGACCGGAACAGUGGAUAUUUUUUAGAGUUGCUUUGGAUGCCCGGCUGGUUAGAGAGGAAAUGUCCCUUCCAAGUUCCAACUGUUGUGUAGCAUGUAGCUGUUGUUGUGAAUCAUUUCGCUUUCAAUCGUUACAGUACUAGGGCUUGAAGCUGGUAAAGUAAUUUUGUAUGCAACUGCACAGAGAGUACAUCUAAUUGUUACAAAUUCUCGGGGAUAAUGUUCAAGCCUUUUCUUUUAAGCUAAGCCAUGUAUGAUUGUGACGU